GCGCGUCGUCUUAGCUUGGCGACCGGCCUGACCGGACCAGCUCUCCCUGACCGAGCAGCGUCUUCUCUCGGCCAGAGCGUACGGUCCCCAAACGGUGCAACUGCCGGCGGCCCCAGCUUAGCCGGGGAGGCGGACAUGAGGUUGGCAGGUGGGUGGCUUCCACAGGAACGGAAGGGAGUUGUCUGUGUCUGGUUCUAUGACCCGAACAAGUCUUUUCAUCUCUGAAGACUUUGGUUCAGCCGUCUCCAGUGAGCACCACGAUGGCUGAUUUCUCCCAACUCGGACUGGCCACCAUUUGGAGAAUGAGUUAUGGAGAGAGCCCCCUCCGGAUUGUGGCCUUGAUCGUCACCGCCGGCCUCACCUGGAUCCUAAUCAGCCUCCUCCUGGGCGGGUCAGGCAGUGGCUUUCCGCGCCUCCAGCAACUCUUCACCAGCCCGGAGAACUCAGUGACUGCAGAGCCACGGGCCAGGAAGUACAAGUGUGGCCUGCCCCAGCCGUGUCCUGAGGAACACCUGGCCUUCCGCAUGGUCAGCGGGGCUGCCAAUGUCAUUGGGCCCAAGAUCUGCCUCGAGGACAAGAUGCUCAUGAGCAGCGUCAAGGACAACGUUGGCCGCGGCCUGAACAUUGCCCUAGUGAAUGGAGUCAACGGGGAGCUCAUUGAGGCCAGAGCCUUCGACAUGUGGGCCGGGGAUGUCAAUGACCUGCUGAAGUUCAUUCGGCCACUGCACGAAGGCACCUUGGUGUUCGUGGCUUCCUAUGAUGACCCAGCUACCAAGAUGAACGAAGAGACCAGGAAGCUUUUCAGUGAGCUGGGCAGCCGCAAUGCCAAGGAGCUGGCCUUCCGGGACAGCUGGGUGUUUGUGGGGGCCAAGGGCGUGCAAGACAAGAGCCCCUUUGAGCAGCACGUGAAGAACAGCAAGCAUACCAAUAAGUACGAGGGCUGGCCUGAGGCGCUGGAGAUGGAAGGCUGCGUCCCACGAAGGAGCACAGCCAGCUAGCAAGGGGGUGCAUGCUGCCUGCUGGCCUGGACAAGGACAGCAGUGCCAGCACAGGACUGAGGCCGUGGCCCCAUGCUGGGCUCACACCCCACUCCCGGGCAAGUGCACUCUUACCACAACACGUUGGGGCUCCAUGGUGGUGAUUAGAAUGUGGCCUUGAGGUGGUGGGGGCUGCAGGGACUGGCCCCACUGUGCUUUGUCACAGGGCCUCAGGUACCCAUGUCCUUUAAUGCUGCCUUUCAUGGUCAACCCCUGCCCCCAGCCCUUCCUUCUCCAUAGAACAGCUUUGAGUUUGGAGCACCAUCUCCUCCCAGAUUCCCAAACACCCCCAGCUGGAAGGGUCCUCCAUGCUUGCCCGCCCGGCCAGGUGGUGCAUCUUUACCAGCUUGCUCCCUUCUGGGCUGCCCACUGCACUGGGGUAACCCCGGUUCACUGUGAUUCCUACCUGGGAGCCCAACCUGGCAGCCUCUUCCAUGGCUCCACCUUGGAGCCAGGCUUGCAGGGGCAGUGAGGUGGCUGGAACCUGAGCACAGUCACCUGUGGCAGUGUGUGGCUGCUCAUGUGGUCUGUGAGGGGCCGCCUUCCAGAUGACCUCUUAAUAAAUGGAUGGCUCCAAUGGAA